AUGAGCCAGUUCGAAGUAAGGUUCAUGACGACCCUGGCUCGGGCCUCAUUAGUAUCCUCAGGACCAUAUGGACCCGCCCGCCCCGGGACCUCGGCGGGCCCAGUGGCCGCCCCGCCCGGGGACCCCGGGUCCAGGGACCUCGGGGGCCGAACUGGCACGGCCCGGGCACCCGCCCCGGGGACCUCGGGAGGGGACCGGACUGGCCCACCCCCGGCCCGGGGACCUCGGCGGGCCCAGUGGCCCGGCCCCCCGCCCCAGGGGACCUCGGCGGGCCCAGUUGGGCCCGCCCCCGGGGGGGGCCCCCCCCACCCCCCGGGGGACCUCGGGAGGGGCCCAAAAGGGCCCGGCCCAGCCCUCCCGGGCCCCCGGGGACCUCGGCGGGACCCAGUGGACCCGCCCCGCACCCAGGGGACCUCGGCGGGCCGACUAGCCCACCCCCGCCCGCCCCGGGGACCUAGGCGGGGCCGACUGGCCCGCCCCAGCACCCAGGGACCUCGGCGGACCCAGUGGAUCCCAGCCCGCCCCGGACGGACACCUCGGCGGCCCAGGCCCGGCCCACCCGCCCCUAGGGUACCUCGGCGGGUCCGGAACUGGCCCGCCCCGCCCCGGGGGACCUCGGGCGGGCCGACUGGCCCACCCCCCCCGGGCCCACGGGACCGGCUGGGCCCAGUGGCCCGCCCGCCCCGGGGAAUCCAUCGGCGGGCCGACUGGCCCGCCCAGCCCCGGGGACCUCGGCGAGGGCCGACCUGGGCUCCCGCCCGCCCCGGGGACCAUCGGCGGGCCCCAGUUGGCCCGCCUCCGCACCCCGGGGGACCUCGGGCGGGCCCAGUGGGCCCGACCCGCCCGGGGAACCUCGGCGGGCCCAGUGGCCCGCCCGGCCACCGGGGACCUCGGCGGGCCCAGUGGGCUACCGCCCGCCCCGGGGACCUCGGCGGGCCGACAAUGGCCCGGCCCGCCCACCCCGGGGACCUCGGAGGGCCGACUGGCCGCCCGCCCGCCCCGGGGACCUCGGCGGGCCGACUGGCCCGCCCCGCCCCGGGGACCUCGGAGGAGGACCAGGGACCGGCCCGGCCCCGUGGCCCGGGGGACCUCGGCAGGGCCCAGUGGCCGGCCCGCCCGCCCCGGGGACCUCCCGGAGGGCCGACUGGGCCCGCCGAGCCCGGGGACCUCGGAGGGCCGGACUGGCCCAGCCCGCCCCGGGGACCUCGGCUGGGCCCAGGGCUAGGCCUCCCGCCCACCCCGGGGACCUCGGCGGGCCGAAACUAG